AUGCGUCGCAUCCUCGACUGUCGGUCGACGGGAAAACGACCGAUACAUGAACGUGCAAGGACAAAAGUACCAAGUGCACCAAGAACUUACCAAGACCUGGUGCUGUGGGGUCCCGUUUGUCUGAUAACCAUUGGUUGCGUUGCACACUCUUCAACCGAUUGGCUUUCACGCUGUCCACGAUUCUGUGGUAGAAAAUAUUUCAUCAUCGUCAUCAUGAACAGCGUGACAUCAGUGUUCAACACUGAUGCUUCGUUGGCGUACAACCAUGAUUUAUUUAAAAGCCUUAUUGUAAAGAAAAGAGUAAAUGUGAACAGGGAAUGGACUUAG